UAAAGCUUUCCUAUUAGGUCUGUAACUGUUUAUUAAUAAAUCAAAAUAAAAACUUAAUUUUUUAUUUUUAGCACGAACGCAGAAAAUGUACCUGCUACAGAUAAUAAAUUUUUACUACGUUUGACAUUUUCGACUUCGACGUCACUAACCACAACUGUCAAACGCUCAUACAAUGACUUAUGUCAUUAGUCACCCGAUAUGUUUCUGCUAUGUAUUUAUCUCGAAAUAUUUUAGCGAAAUACAAAGCUAUCGUUGCAAACAGCAAAUAUUACUGAUAAUCACUUUCACGUAACGUGUGAUAGCGUAUGUCGGACGCAUGCGAUCGGAAGAAGUGGAAAAGUUUACUAUGAAAUUAAAUUCCAUAUUUUUCCAAGUAACUGGGAGUGAGUGAGUGUUUAUAUUAGCUAAAAUGGAUAAUAACAGUGAUAAGAAAGACGAUGCUAGUGCUCAAAAGAAAGAAGUGCUCUCAAGUUUACAGAAAAUAUGUUUAGUGUGUGGUGAUAAGGCUCUAGGUUACAACUUUAACGCGAUCUCGUGUGAGAGUUGCAAGGCGUUCUUUAGACGAAACGCCUUGGCUAGCAAAGAGUUCAAGUGUCCGUUCACGAACAACUGCGUAAUCACAGUGGUGACGAGGAGAUUUUGUCAAAAAUGUCGAUUAGAAAAGUGUUUGUCUAUAGGCAUGGUAAAGGAAUUUAUUAUGUCGGAAGAGGACAAGGCGGAAAAGAGACGGAAGAUAGAAGAAAACAGAGCUAGGAAACGACAGCGCGAUCCUGACGACGCGGUGACUAGCUCGAAGAAUUUGAAGAGGGAUGAUGAGGGUGAUACUGGACUCAUCCCGUUGCAGGAUACUGUAAUACAGUAUGACACUCUCAGUACGACGUGUAGCCCUAGUAGCACAGUGCAGUCCCCGCUGGCCAGUGAUCUAGAAGCAUCGUUACACUCCCCACUGUACAACUACACUCCGGCGCCACCCGUGCCCACCAAUGAGCAGCCAUACCCAAUGAAAGUGUACCCAAUAGAUGAGAAGUCUAUAAUCAAUAGAGGGAUAUAUGACCAGAGGAUGAUGGACUCAUACAACAUGUAUGAGAAUGUUGACAGUAACAACAUUUAUCCAGUCGAGCCACCAAAGCAGAAUAGUAUAAGAUCAAUAUUGACAAAUAGUGACAAACCCGCGCCGAGGGAGGCUCGGCCGCAGCACAUCUGCGAGGAGAUCCCGUCCACUAGCAACAAUCCUGAUAUCAACAAAGCGAGGGAUAUACUGCAAGAUGUGGAGAGAAUAGAGCCAAACUCGAUGGAGUCGAUAUUGUGUGAGGCGAUCAAGCUGGAGUUUGAGGCGUACACGUCUGUCAGUCCGUGCAGCGGCUCCUCCCGGGAACUGAACGAGGUGGAACGUGCGAAGUUGAACGAGUUGAUAGUGGCCAAUAAAGCACUGCACGCGCCCAUCGACGAUGACGUCACACAGCUCGUGGGAGAGACUGCCAGCUCGGCUGGGUUCAAGGGUGGGGACGGCAAGCACGACCCGCGGUUGAUCACGAUAGUGAACCUUACUGCGGUGGCAAUAAGGCGGUUUAUUAAGAUGGCGAAGAAGAUCAACGCCUUCAAGAAUAUGUGUGAGGAAGAUCAGGUGGCGCUACUGAAGGGUGGCUGUAUAGAGAUGAUGGUGCUCAGGAGUACGAUGACGUAUGAUGGACAGAGGAAGCAGUGGAAGAUCCCCCACUGCCAAGAACAGUUCGGCAGUAUCCGCACGGACGUGCUGAAGCUGGCCAAGGGCAACAUCUAUCGCUCGCACGACUCCUUCAUCCGCUCGUUCGAGGCGCGCUGGCGCACGGACGAGCACGUCAUACUCAUCAUGUCCGCCAUCUUGUUGUUCACCCCCGACCGACCCAAGGUCGUGCAUCCGGACGUCAUCAAGUUGGAACAGAACUCCUACUACUACCUCCUACGUCGUUACUUAGAAAGUGUCUACCCGGGAUGUGAAGCGAAAUCCACCUUCUUGAAGCUAAUACAGAAGAUUCUCGAGCUACGAAAAUUGGCUGAAGAAGUGACUGGAGUGUACCUAGACGUGAACCCCAUAGAGCCAUUGUUAAUGGAGAUAUUCGAUCUGAAGCACCACGCCGCAUGAGACACAGGGUAACUUAGAAUAAGUAUUUAUUGAACUCACAACACACGGAUUCAUAAAUAAUUCAGUUUAUUUUUAUAUCAUUCUUGUUCUCUGUUGGCGAUGCUUCAAGGUAGUGUGAAAUUUUAAUUUUCUUACAUUUUGUUUUUCAAUUUUGUGGGUAUUAUAGAAUAUUAAUAUGUUAGCGGUAAUUGUACCUAUGUAUGUGUUGACGUAAAUUAUACUUGUUAACCAUCUAAAUAAGUCAUUUUAUUAUGUUUAUUAUUUUUUUCAAUCUCGCCCCACAGUAGUAUUUUAUCUUGUAUCAUCUGAUGUCAAAUUAGCAUUUUACUAAAAAUGUAAGAAAAAAUAAAUUUUGUAGGCUACGUAUAUGUUGAAGCAUCCCUCUUAAACAAAUCAUUCAUUAAAAACCAAAAAACACUUCUCAUCUAUAUCCCUCUGUUGUUUAUGAAUCCGUGCCACAUUUUCUUUGUCCGUCUGUCACGUUGGCCUAAAUACCUGAAUAAUUAUGGAAUAUUUACAUCUACACACAUAAGUCGAGAUUCCGUUUGAUAAGUGUAUUAUAUUGUUGUUAUUGUACAGUAAAGUUAUAUGAACAUAUCAAAUGCCAAAUUAGUAAUUAUGUGUGAUAUAAGUACUAACAGCGCCCUCUACCAUGAUUUUAAAACGAAUAUUUGUCGAUACUCGAACUCGAUAGCGACGACGUAUUUUUUUGUUCGGCAUGUUUAUUAUUUAUAUUUUACUAAAUAAAUAAAUGACCGCGAGACUCGCUGUAGAAUUUGUAAUUCAAACACUCUGUUCUACGGAUCAAAUCUAGGAAGCUCCUUCAUAGGCGCCCCAAAUUUGUUUGGCGCCAUCGCCACUUCAUGGGCAGUGGAGCACGCACGUUUCGCGGCGCCUUCUGUAAACUGGCGCCCUCGGGACUGGCCUAGUUUACCUUAGGGAUAAUAUGGCCCCGCAUGUAUCGACAAAUACUUUAUCUUUAAAAUCGUGGUAGAGGUACAAUUAAUGUUAGGCUGCAGGUCCGAUCUCUCACGUCUACUCUUACGAAUGCAUACAGACUGUCCGAGAAGCCAACGUUGAGAAUUAUGCUUGGAAAUGGAGGCCACUGUAUUUUUGCACAGCAAAUGGCGCUAGUGUGGACCUCUCGCUCAUCCUCCAAUAGGGAAUUAGCUAGUGGCGCACGAUUGGAUGAUCAAUAUUUGACAACUGCAGUGAUUGGACAAGAAAACUCUUGCUACAUUUACGCCAUUUGAUGCGCAAAAAACAGGUAGUUCUAACUCAUGGAGGUUAUUAGAAAAAUAAGAAAAUAUCUGAGACAGAUGGAUUAUCCAAUAUUUUAUGUUUCAAUGUCAUUAUUUUUAAGUCAGUUUUAUUUUUUCUUGUUGUUCUAAUUACCAUCAUCUUGAGUUUGGUUUCUCGGACACCUGUAUAUAGUAUCUACAUAUUUAUGUACAUGUACGUAGUCCGUAUAGUUUUACACUAAGUACAAUAUAAGUAUAUGUUUAAACAUUAGUCUCGUGACCUAUGGGAUUGUGUUAUUGUUAGAGUGCUUUGGGAACAUUAUUUAAUAUGUUACUAACAAAACGCAGGUAUUAUUGUUACUUGCAUUUUUUUCGGAAUGUUGUCUUUUUCAAAUCGAGAGCGAAGGAAAGGGACAGUGUAAAAAAAUUUUCGACCGUAUUUCGAUCCUGCCCUUUAGAAAAUUUGUUUAAGCAAAGGUUAUAUUGAAAUUCGAUGGCCGUCAAAAUAUAUGUAUAUUUUUAUCUAGAUAAAAAAAUGAGUUGGGAUAAAAGUGCUUUUGUAUAAUGUUUUGUACAUCGAGUAUAAUAAGGUACAGAAUUGAUUAACAGAUUGGGGAAUCUAGACAUUGGACUACCAAUGUAUGUAAUGUUCAUUUUGUAACCGCUACCUUAGUAGGUAGCGGUUACAAAAUGAAAAUACAGCUACAAAAGGUACUCCCCGAUCCGAUUUUCUCGACUGCCUCGUUGGCCGACUGGUCGCAAGUGCGACUGUCGGGUAAAGGUUCUCUGUUUCGAUUCCCGGGUCGGGCAAAGUAUUACUGGGUUUUUUUAAAUCUUCUCAGUACUAUCACGGAGCCUGGAACUGUGCUCGGUAUGUAGCAAUAGGCUCACCCCCUAUUACAUAGCUUAGACUUUUAACAUAAAUAGCAAAAAGGUAGAUGUUACAUUGUACCGUGGCACUAACUGCCGUAAUGUCCUCCUCUAUCUACCCCUUCGCAAUGAUUUAUCUGAAUUUCCCGAUAGUUUGAUGUUGUACGUUGUUAUAACCAAAAAUGGAUUCAAGUGUACAAACUUAAAGAAAAUUAAAUUAUUUAGCUGAACUUGUAUAAAUUACUGUUGUGAAGUCGAGCUCAAUAAUAUUAGAAGCAAUCUAUUCGUGUUUAUAUAAAUUAAAUUAGGAAUGAUAUCGACUGAUAGUCUGCAAUACAUACCUCAUACCCUUCACUUAAAUUACUUUUCAUACUUAUAUGUAUAAAUUAUACCUAUUUUUGUGUCAUUAUAAAAUCGACCGUAUUACUACGACAUAAAGAUUGUCUCAAAAGUUUUGUAUUAAGUAUGAACAUACAGUUUGUAUGUAAUUAAUAUUCUAAAUGCAUUGCAAUAAUAAUUACUUAUUUUUAAGUAAUAUCAAUGAUUUUGAUAUUUAUGUCAUUGAAGAUCAAUUUUUUUCAAGAUCAUUAGAAUCAAUAGACGGAUUCACUCGUGCUGAUUAACGCCUUUUUACGCAAACACAUAUUAAUAAUAAUUGGGUACCGGCCAACUACACACUCAAAUUCAAUACUUUUAUUCGAACUGUCAA